UUGAAAAGAGGAGGCGUGUCGGCAAUUUGUCCACCUCUUGUUGUUGCCCCGAAUUUCGGCACGCUUGAGCUGAUUCCGGCUUCUUCGCUUUCAAAUUCACAUUCAACUGCGACUACAUCAACUCAAGAUUCGGGUAUGGCUUCGAUUAAUAGUUCGAUACAUUCUGGAAGUGCCAAUACUGAUCGAUUGUUAUCGUUGAGACGAAGACCUGUUCAAAUUACGGCUGAUCCGAGAGUUUAUAAAGGAAGUGUUUAUGCGAAUCGUAGAACUGCUGCUAAUAAUGUAGGUUCGAAAAAAUUUUAUUUUUUUCAAAAAAAUAAAAAAGUUGUGCGCCGGCUGGGGGUCGAACCCUGGUCUUGCAAAAGUUGGGCAGUAAUGCUAACCACUCGGCCAACUGGUUAUUUUUUUCGAAUGUCGAAAAUCUCGAAUAUAAAAAGGGUGCAAAAACAAUCUAUCUACUAUAUACUAAUUGGGAAAAUUUUUUUGGCAAUAGUGUGUCCGGGUCCCGUUCUCCAAACUGUGUGCAUAAAAAUUGAUGAUCAAAAAAAGAAGAAGUUUCUAAAUGUUGGCAGCUCGAUGCGCUUCCUAUUCAUUCUUUCUCAAAAUUUCUUUGAGUGCGCGGAGAAUAAAAAGUUUGAAAAUCUCAAUGUAUUUUUCGGAUUUAAAAUGUGUCGCUCGACUUUUCUCAAUUUCCAGAAGACCAUUUUUGAUGGGACCUUCCCCAUUCUAUCCCAAAUUCUUCCCUACCGAGGCGCUAAUAUUCGAUUUUUCAAAAAAUGCGCGAGUUUUCACGUGAAAAAUCGAAACUUUUUUCAUGUAAAAAAGAAUGAUCACGUUUUUAUUCGAAAAAAAUAUUAGGACACGUUUCUUAUCUGAUCGUUCUAUUCUCUGAAAAAGUCAACAAUUUUUGGGCAUUUCUCAAUGUUUCUCUUUCCCUAAUCGAAAAAUAGAUUAAUCAGAAAAACGUAAGUCAAACUACUGUAGAUGGCGUUAGCCAGCGAAGCCCUUCUAGUUUUUCCCCAAAAAUAUUCCAAAUUCCAGGCAAAACAAGUGGAAAAAGUCGAGAAUCGUGAGAAAAGAUAUCGAGUUGGUGUGAUUCGUGAUCAACUAACAUCGCUACUUCCACGUGUUCCUCUUCAAAAGAAAUCAACCACGACAAACCCUAAUAACAUAAUUUCUCGAAGGUCGGAAGUUUACAUUUCCUCCCUCUUUCCCUCUCUCUAACAUAAAUAAUUCUUAUUUUUAGCCCCAACAAUUUUCUACCGGAACUUCGAAGUGGGUCAAUCGAUAAAAAACAAAAAAGUUUUGCAACAGCUCGAUUUGCGCCGAUUCGGAAUUCAGCUGAAACCCGUAGAAAAAUAUCAAUCGAGAACAAUAACAUCAACAAAUUUCCAGUCAAAGUAAUGGUGAAUUUCGAUAAUUUUAAUAACAACAACAACAAAGAUCGAUAUGGAGGAGGAAUUGGAGGAGGAGGACAUCGAAUAAUAUCGUCACAAACAGCGACACCUCCAACUUCAUCGAGACCUGUGUAUCCUAUUGUUAACAGUGGUGUACAAACAGAUGAUGUAUGUCUUUACUAUAAAACACUACAAAAUAAUAAUAAUUGAUUAUAGGACUUUGAUGAAAAAUUUGAUGAUUUGGUUAAGGAAUUGGCUAAUUCUGCGAUAUCGAUGGCAGUUUAUCAAAUUGAGGUAACAUUCGAAAAAAAAACUUUGAUCUACUGUACCGUUUCGAAACCAAAAAAUUUGAAAAUAAUUUUUUCCCGCUCUUAGUCUCGAAACGAAGAUGCCGAACUGCAAUUGGAUUUUAUGUUUUGUAUUUCUCGUGGAGGGUGUUCCAAAUUUUUAAAAUACCGUGAAAAAUCCUAAUUCUGGAUCCCGGCAAGUUUCCAACUAACACAGUGUGUAAUUUUCUACUCAAAAAAAAAUUCCCGAAAUUUUUGAGGCACAAAUUUGCGACGAAGUGAGAAGAGCUUCAGAGAAAAAUAUUUUUGAUCUACCAGAAGAUCUUUUGAAAUUUUGAGGUCCAGCAAUUUUCUGAGCUUCGAGAAAAAGUUCAAAAUUUUUGAACUUCAAGUUUCCAAAGGUGAAUUUCUACCCAAAAGUGUCCUUGCCAUUUUUGAGGUCUGGCCAGAAAUUCAAAUCUCAAUUUCUCCAAGUACUGUUUUCCUCUGCGUCACUAACACCGUUUCGAGACCACCCCGUCGGGCAGAGAAACAAAGUCAAAGACGCAUAUAUGGGUCUCGCAGCGACUGGCAGAAACACAGUACUUUUUUAAAUCAAAUAAUAAUAACGUGGUUUUUCCAGGGUGAAGAUGAGCUUGCGCGAUUGCGAACAUCCGCCCAAAAAACCCAAUCCGAACUCCGUCGAAUAACUCAACAACAAAACGAGCAAACACAAAAAUAUCGAGAAGUGAUCAUGGAGAAAACAUCGCAACUCGAAAAUUGGAAACAACACGAAAGCGAGGCUCGCGAGGCGCAGAAAAUCGCAUUGGAAACAUGCCAAGAAGUGACAAGGAAGACGCUGGAGAAUUUGAGGAUUAUUGAGAAGAAUUCGAAGAAAAGUGUGGCGACUGAUACGAGAGAAAUGAAUCGAUUGGAGGCGAAAAUGAAUCUUGUGACUGCUGAAAUUGAAAAAGACUUUUUACCUUGGAUGUUUCAGAGGGCUGAGAGAAUGUUCAAAAAUCAAAUUGUUAAAAAUCAAUUGGAUCAUAGUAAGUUUUCUGUUUUCUUUGAUGUUUGGAAGGAACUUAGGAUAACUUUCAGUUUCAGGUUUUUUGGGCUUUAAAAUCAGCUUCAAUUUAGGCUCAGGGGUCUGGGCUUCAGAUUUUAUUUGGUCUUUAAAAUUAGGCUUACUUCAGGCUCAUAAAGGCUUCGGCUUUAAGGCAUUUAGGCUUAGGCUUAGGUUUUUAGGUUUUUUUUAUGCUUAGGCUUAGGCUUCUAGGCUUCUAGGUUUUUUAUGCUUAGGCUUACAAGGAAUGGUUUUCAAUGUUCCCCCAAGGAAAAAAUCGAGAGUAUGUGGAAUGUUGAGGGUUCCCGUGGGUAAGAAAAACCCUAACGGGAAUAAGGAGAAAAAUGCCUUAUUCUCGAGAAAAAAUGUAUUUUAGGUCGAUUUUUUCAGCAUUUUUUGAUUUUUAGAGCAUCUAUAACUCGAUUUUGAAACUAUUUCAUGAGCUUUUGAGUCGUGGAAGUUGUUCAGAAUGGUCGAUUACGUGUUUGUGAAACUUUUUAUCAAAAAAUUAGACAUUUUUUGAAAUUUGGUUUUUUUAGUCGGGGUUUUUCUGAUCAAAUGGUCACCAAAAAACACAAAAAAUAAUUUUUUCCAUUUUCAAAUGAACGGAACUUGAAAAAUUUAUGACGGUCAACAGACGUAAUUUGGUCCGUAGAAUCCGAAAAUCAUAGUCUCGAUUCACACAAACUUCUCCUUCACAACGAAAACGUUGAUUUUCUAUGAUUUUUUCAAACUGGAUUUUUGAUUUAGUGGACUUUUGGGACCAAAAUUAUUUUAUUCCUAAUUUUAGUCGAAGUAAUACUAAAGUACGCCGUUUGCCCUACAAAUGGAUUUUUAGACCGACAUUUUUCAUCAAUUUUGAAAAAAGUUUCGAUUUUUCUAAAAAAUUUCAUCGCAAAAAUCAAUAACACCAAAAUUUUCUAAAACAAGGCAUUUUUCUCCUUAUUCCCGUUAGGGUUUUUCUUACCCAUGGGAACCCUCAACAUUCCACAUACUCUCGAUUUUUUCCUUGGGGGAACAUUGAAAACCUUUCCUUGUUAGGCUUCAAGGCAUUUUUAGGCUUAGGCUUAGGCUUUUAGGCUUUCAGGCUCAAGCUACUAGGCUUCAAGGCUUUUUUUUAGGCUUAGGCUUAGGCUUCUAGGCUUGGGCAAUUUUCUGUGAAAAAAAUAAAUUCCAAAUAAAAAAUUUUCGCGCCACUCAAAUUCACUUCCGCAAACUCCCCCAAAAGUUCAAAACUAUUCAUCAAUCUAAUUUAUUUGCAGGCAUGUUGAAUGAAGUGGAACAUCGAAGAGAGCAAGCAAAAAAACGGCUUAUUAAUAUGAAUUCGCAUUUAUUAUAA